AUGUCUACCUGCAUCCAUUGAAUAAUGAGUUACCAUCCACCCAUCACACCUUUGAGUAUUCUCAUCCAGUCCGUCCAUUAAAUGUAUUUAUAAAAUCAAAUCAGUGCAAUUUUUCUUGGCGAUGCCAUCUAGUAUGGGCCAAAAAUUCACUGCUUAUUUUAAGUAAUCUGUGUUCCACGUGUGCAAUUUAUUAAUGCCCGAGUAUCAAGCAUCGUCGGCCAGAGUAUCAAAGUUUUCAUGAAACAUAAGAAAUCCAUUAUCUCCGAAAAUCCGAAGGGCGGGAGAAAGAAAUGCGUGAGAUCAGCAGCAGCAGCUGCAGAUGCGACGGCUCGAGUACCAUUGCAACCGUCGAUGAAAUCCAGAGACGCCUCCACCGUCCGAUUCCUCCUCCUCCCUCGUCUCGGCCAUCUUUCUCAACCGAUAUCAAACUGCACGAUUCGAUCGAGAAAGAGAGAGAUUCGGAGAAGAAGAAGCUGGAAGAUUACUUAGAUCCGAUCCUGCUUUCUGCAAUUUCUUCGAAAAUGAAGGGGAAUAGACGGAACGGAGAGAAGAAGCGGAAGAGGGAUGCGGAAUUCGAGUGGCCGACGGAGGAUCUGAGGGUAUUUUUUGAAGACGCGAGAAGUGAGUGGAUUGACGGAGCCGUUAGCCUUGACGACGAUCUGGAGACGACUGUUAAAGAAGACGGAGGAAGCGGUUCUCCGUUUCGACGGUUCGAGGAAACGGUGUUGACGCUUUUCAACAAAGGGUGAAGGAUGAAGAGCAGGUGCGCAGGCUAAGACUACUCUUCUUCUUUUUCAUAUUUUUCCAGCUCGAAUUCGAAUAAGCAGUGUGACCUAUGAUAACAUGCGCCGGGCGUUAUGAAUCGCUGGAAUUCUGUUCGGCCGUA